UAUUCACUCCCUCUUGCAGAGCGGAAACGCUCAAUUGCAGCUUUCCGGUUCCAGUUUCUCCAAACCACCAAAAUGGCGAAGAUCGCCAAAACACACGAAGACAUUGAGGCCCAGAUCCUUGAGAUCCAGGGCAUGAAGGCGGCCCUGUUAGAGGAGGGGGACCAGGGUGUGGGCCUGGACUCAACAGGGUACUACGAUCAGGAGAUCUAUGGCGGCAGCGACAGCCGCUUUGCUGGAUAUGUCACUUCUAUUGCGGCAAACGAACAGGAGGAUGACGAGGAGGAGGAUUCAUCUACAAGCUUACUGGGACAGAAGAAACCAGGGUAUCAUGCUCCAGUAGCGAUACUCAAUGCAAUACCACAGUCAGAUGAACAGUAUGACCCCUUUGCUGAGCAUCGGCCCCAGAAGAUUGCUGAGCGAGAGGAUGAAUACAAGGCCAGGCGGAGACAGAUGAUCAUCUCCCCGGAGCGGCUCGACCCCUUUGCAGAUGGGGGCAAAACGCCGGAUCCCAAGAUGCAGGUCAGGUCAUACAUGGACGUCAUGAGAGAACAGCACCUGACCAAAGAGGAGAAAGAGAUCCGGCAGCAGAUGGCAGAGAAGGCAAAAACGGGGGACCUGAAGCCCGUGAACGGUUCUGCUGCGUCCCAGGCUGCCGCCGCAGCCAAGCGCAAGCGCCGAUGGGACCAGACGGCCGACCAAAACCAGACUCCGACCAACACCACGCCCAAGAAGAUGUCCAGCUGGGACCAGGCAGACGCUUCCGUGGAGGGCCAGACUCCAGGACACACCCCUGCACACACACCCUCCAACAGCAGGUGGGAUGAGACCCCAGGCAGGAACAAGGGCAGCGAGACCCCCGGGGCGACACCCAGCACUCGCAUGUGGGACCCCACCCCCAGCCACACCCCGGCUGGAGCUGCCACCCCAGGGAGAGGGGACACCCCGGGACACGCCACCCCCGGCCACGGGGGUGCCACAGGGAGUGUCCGCAAGAACCGCUGGGACGAAACCCCAAAGACGGAGAGAGAAACCCCCGGCCACGGCAGCGGGUGGGCGGAGACGCCACGAACAGACAGAGGCGAAGAGUCUGUGGGAGAGACCCCCACUCCUGGGGCGAGCAAGCGGAAGUCUCGUUGGGACGAGACCCCUGCCAGUCAGAUGGGCUCCUCCACCCCCCUGCUCACACCUGGCAAGACCCCCAUAGGAACGCCAGCCAUGAACAUGGCCACCCCCACACCAGGUCAUCUGAUGAGCAUGACCCCGGAGCAGCUGCAGGCCUGGCGUUGGGAGAGGGAGAUAGACGAGAGGAACCGCCCCCUCACAGAUGAUGAGCUGGACGCCAUGUUUCCCGAGGGCUACAAGGUCCUGCCUCCCCCCGCAGGCUAUGUGCCCAUCCGCACCCCUGCUCGUAAGCUGUCGGCCACUCCAACUCCCAUCGGAGGCAUGACGGGCUUCCACAUGCAGCAGGAGGACCGCUCCAUGAAGCAGAUUAAUGACCAGCCUUCUGGAAACCUCCCCUUCCUCAAGCCUGAUGACAUCCAGUACUUUGACAAACUGCUGGUGGAAGUGGACGAGUCCACUCUGAGUCCUGAGGAGCAGAAGGAACGCAAGAUCAUGAAGCUUCUGCUGAAAAUCAAGAAUGGAACACCUCCCAUGAGAAAGGCCGCUCUCCGCCAGAUCACAGACAAGGCACGGGAGUUUGGGGCAGGGCCCUUGUUCAACCAGAUCCUGCCCCUGCUCAUGUCCCCUACACUGGAGGACCAGGAGCGCCACCUGCUGGUCAAAGUCAUCGACCGGAUCCUCUACAAGCUCGACGACCUGGUCCGCCCCUACGUCCACAAGAUCCUGGUGGUUAUUGAGCCCUUGCUUAUUGAUGAAGACUACUAUGCCAGAGUGGAGGGCAGAGAGAUCAUCUCUAAUCUGGCCAAGGCUGCCGGCCUGGCCACCAUGAUCUCCACCAUGAGGCCCGACAUCGACAACAUGGACGAGUACGUGAGGAACACGACGGCGCGAGCGUUUGCCGUGGUGGCGUCUGCGCUGGGCAUCCCGUCCCUGCUGCCCUUCCUCAAAGCUGUGUGCAAGAGCAAGAAGUCCUGGCAGGCUCGCCACACGGGCAUCAAGAUCGUCCAGCAGAUCGCCAUCCUCAUGGGCUGUGCCAUCCUGCCCCACCUGCGCAGUCUGGUGGAGAUCAUCGAGCACGGUCUGGUUGAUGAGCAGCAGAAGGUAAGGACCAUCAGUGCCCUGGCCAUUGCUGCCCUGGCUGAGGCGGCCACGCCCUACGGCAUUGAGUCCUUCGACUCAGUCCUGAAGCCCCUCUGGAAGGGUAUCAGACAGCACAGAGGAAAGGGUCUGGCUGCGUUCCUCAAAGCCAUUGGCUACCUUAUUCCCCUGAUGGACGCCGAGUACGCCAACUACUACACCAGAGAGGUGAUGCUCAUCCUUAUCAGAGAGUUCCAGUCCCCCGACGAGGAGAUGAAGAAGAUUGUGCUCAAGGUGGUGAAGCAGUGCUGUGGAACUGACGGUGUGGAGGCCAACUACAUCAAGACCGAGAUCCUCCCUCCUUUCUUCAAGCACUUCUGGCAGCACAGGAUGGCCCUCGACAGACGCAACUACAGACAGCUGGUAGACACCACGGUGGAGCUGGCUAACAAGGUGGGAGCCGCUGAGAUCAUCUCUCGCAUCGUGGACGACCUGAAGGACGAGGCGGAGCAGUACAGGAAGAUGGUGAUGGAGACCAUUGAGAAGAUCAUGGGCAACCUGGGGGCCGCAGACAUCGACCACAAGCUGGAGGAGCAGCUCAUUGAUGGCAUCCUGUACGCCUUCCAGGAGCAGACCACUGAGGACUCGGUGAUGUUGAACGGUUUUGGCACGGUGGUGAACGCUCUGGGCAAGAGGGUGAAGCCCUACCUGCCUCAGAUCUGCGGUACUGUUCUCUGGCGUCUCAACAACAAGUCUGCCAAGGUCCGCCAGCAGGCUGCCGACCUCAUCUCUCGUACUGCCGUGGUCAUGAAGACCUGCCAGGAGGAGAAGCUGAUGGGUCAUCUUGGGGUGGUGCUCUACGAGUACCUGGGAGAGGAGUACCCCGAGGUGCUGGGCAGCAUCCUGGGAGCCCUCAAGGCCAUCGUCAACGUCAUCGGCAUGCACAAGAUGACUCCCCCAAUCAAAGACUUGCUUCCCCGCCUCACGCCAAUCCUGAAGAACAGACACGAGAAGGUGCAGGAGAACUGCAUUGACCUGGUGGGCAGGAUCGCUGACAGGGGUGCCGAGUACGUGUCUGCGAGGGAGUGGAUGAGGAUCUGCUUUGAGCUGCUGGAGCUGCUCAAGGCCCACAAGAAGGCCAUCCGGCGAGCUACCGUCAACACCUUUGGAUACAUUGCUAAGGCCAUUGGCCCCCAUGACGUGCUGGCUACCCUGCUGAACAACCUGAAGGUGCAGGAGCGCCAGAACCGUGUGUGCACCACCGUGGCCAUCGCCAUCGUGGCCGAGACCUGCUCCCCCUUCACCGUGCUGCCGGCCCUCAUGAACGAGUACCGCGUGCCCGAGCUCAACGUGCAGAACGGCGUGCUCAAGUCCCUGUCCUUCCUGUUUGAGUACAUCGGGGAGAUGGGGAAGGACUACAUCUACGCUGUGACGCCUCUUCUGGAGGACGCGCUCAUGGACAGAGACCUGGUCCACAGGCAGACAGCUAGUGCCGUGGUUCAGCACAUGUCCCUGGGGGUCUAUGGCUUUGGCUGUGAGGACUCCCUUAACCACCUUCUCAACUACGUGUGGCCCAAUGUGUUUGAGACUUCGCCCCACGUCAUCCAGGCAGUCAUGGGGGCCCUGGAGGGGCUCCGUGUUGCCAUCGGCCCCUGCCGCAUGCUGCAGUACUGCCUGCAGGGUCUGUUCCACCCUGCCAGGAAGGUGAGGGAUGUCUACUGGAAGAUCUACAAUUCCAUCUACAUUGGCUCGCAGGAUGCUCUUAUUGCUCACUAUCCGCACGUCCACAAUGAUGAGAAAAAUGGCUACAUCCGCUCCGAGUUGGAGUACGUCUUGUGAAACGGCUAACCUGCUCUCUUCUUUCUCACUUUUACCACCCCUUUAUCCAUUCUCUCUCAAUCCCAUCUCUACAGAUAAAAUAACUCUGUCCAUUUUUUUAUUAUUACAGUCUUGUAGUGUGUGUCAAACUGUCUAGGAACACAGCUGCCACACAUUCAGUUUUAUCAAAGUUUAAGUGAUUAGGGGAAAUUGGAAAAAUUUAGAACUUGUAUGUAUUGUUUUAUUCUCCUGUUAUUAAAAAAAAAAAGCAAGUGUAAGUCAGUCGUGCUAUAGAAUGAGAAGCAGUCAGUGAAAUUAAAAAAUGAUAUUGUUUCUGUGUAUGGCCUCUGUACCGGCCACUCCUUCACAAUGCUCUGCCAUCCAUCUGUGAACAUCCCUCUGGUCUUAUCAGAAUGUUGCUUUAUUUGACUAAAUAAACGUUUGUGUAUAAA